CAGCAUUCAGCAGCCCCCUGCUCGGGCUCAGCAUGGCCACCCCAACCCAGAGCCCCACAAACGCACCUGGAGGUGGCGGCGUGUAGGACCCUCUACAGAUCUCCACUGCUGUCCCUGGCCAGAGCCCAGGAGCCCGAGGGCCCGGUGAAGGCGGUGGGGACCCAGCCUGGCGCCGGGGAGCGUGCCCCCAAUGAGCCGCCACACCCACCCCAAGGCCGGAGCCACUGCACCCCGCUGUCCUUCCCCAGGCCUUGGCAACGACGAUCCCCCAAAGAGCCCAUUUGCACCCCAGACCCAGAGACUCAGGCCUGCAGCUCCUGGGAUCCAGGAGUCCGUCCCCAGUCCCCUGGGAUCCUCGUAUCCCUCCCUCCUGCAUCUCCUGGUCACCUUCUCCAGGACCCUCCCGGCUGUCCCCUCAGGGUCCAUGUCUUGAGCUUAAUAAAUGUGCAUUCGUUUUUUUCCUCCCGUUCUGUCUGUGUGUUGUCGUCUGUGGGCACCCAAGGGCUGGGUAGGAGACUGAGGUAGCCGUCCUGUUCCUUCCUCCCUCUCCUUCCCUCACCACAUCCUUCCCUUCAAACGUCCCCAAGGGGCUUUCCCUUCUUGGUACCCUUGUCCCCAUCUGUGUCUCCCAGACCCUCGAAUGGAGGCCACCGCCCUCCACCGCUCCUGCUCCCACCCCUGCCGGUGGGGCCUGGAAGCCAGAGAGGAAAUGACUGAGCCGCUCUGGUCCCCGCCCGCCCGAGCCCGCGCCCCUGGCCACACCCUCCGCCCCGAGGCAGCUCCCACGCGGUACUCUCACACUCCAGGCUAGAGACCCUGCGCUCGAUAGGCAGGUGCCAGAGGAUUCUUGAAGCCAGGGGCCUGCUCCAGGAGGAUGUGGGGCUGCCAAGGGGCCUUGCCUCACUCACCUUGCCCGCCACUCACCCCACAGAUGUCAUCGUCCAGUCGUCUGUGUCUCCUCGUCUUUGUUGUCCUGAUUCUGACCAGCAGAGGGCAGACACCAGAAAAGGCCACAUCCAGUUUUGUGAAGGACCAGACUUCUGUGAAUACUCUUGUCCCAGAUAAAACCAACCCAGAAGUCCAUCCUACCACUCCUAUCCCGAACUGGGAAGCUGAUGAAACCACACAAAGCCAGACAGUGGCCCAAACCGAGACCGAGCACCUGACGGGAAUGGGAGAGAACACCAUGAAUCCAGUGACAGAUCCAGGGACACACAGGAGCAGUAAGGAAGAAGGUACCGCGAUGCACCCUGGGAUCAGGACUCCAAGACCAACCAAAGAGUGGCGCCACACCCCCAAGCCACGAGAUAAGGAUGAGAACGACCCCUUCUACUAUGAUGAUUUCACUCUUCGGAAACGGGGGUUGCUGGUGGCAGCUGUGCUGUUCAUCACUGGCAUCAUCAUCCUCACCAGUGGGAAGUGUAGACAGUUGUCCCAAAUGUGCCUGAAUCGCCACAGAGCCUACAGAGUGGUCAACACAAAAGGAACCUGGAAAGAAGAGGCCACUGAAGGGAGCCUCCCCACCCUGAGGGUGCCUGCCUCCCCACCCUGAGGGUGCCUGCCUCCCCACCCUGAGGGUGCCUGACUCCCCAGGCCCUGCCCUGCCCCUUAUCUAAUCUGUUCAGAUAAAUCCACGUGGUCUCUCUCCGACA